GAAACCUGAGCCAAGGAGCCGAGACCGGGAACUCAUUGUCUGUGUCGCCCUACCCUACACGAAAUGGGAGUUUAAAUCCACCUCAGAGCUUGGGCCCUCAUUGGGAAUCAAUUCAUCAGUGUGGUUCCUGAGUGGCUAAGAAGAUGGUUCGAGAACAGUACACCACGGUCACGGAGGGCACUCACAUAGAGAGGCCCGAGAACCAGCCUGUCUACAAGAUUGGCAUUUACGGAUGGAGGAAGCGCUGCCUAUACCUGUUCGUUCUUCUCCUGCUCGCCAUCCUUGUUGUGAAUCUCGCUCUCACUAUCUGGAUUCUGAAAGUGAUGUGGUUUUCUCCAAUAGGAAUGGGUUACUUGCAUGUGACAGCAGAUGGACUUCGCCUGGAAGGGGAGUCAGAAUUUUUAUUUCCACUGUACGCCAAAGAAAUCCGCUCCAGAGUGGACUCAUCUCUGCUUCUGCAGUCAACCCAGAAUGUGACAGUCAGUGCUCGCAACUCAGAAGGGGAGGUCACAGGCCGGGUGAAAGUGGGUGCCCGGAUGGUAGAAGUCCAGAGCCAGCACUUUCAGAUCAAUUCCGAAGAUGGCAAGCUGCUGUUCUCUGCAGAGGAGCAGGCCGUUGUGGUCGGCACAGGCAGACUGCGGGUAACAGGGCCAGAAGGAGCUCUUUUUGAACACUCAGUGGAGACGCCCCUUGUCAGAGCCGACCCAUUUCAAGACCUUAGGUUAGAAUCCCCAACUCGGAGUCUAAGCAUGGAUGCCCCAAGGGGGGUUCACGUUAAAGCUCACGCUGGGAAACUGGAGGCCCUCUCUCAGAUGGACAUCAUCUUGCAGAGUAGUGAUGGAGUGCUGGUGCUCGAUGCUGAAACUGUGGGUUUGGCCAAGUUGAAGCAGGGGACACAGGGUCCCUCUGGCAGCUCUAAUGGAUUCUAUGAGAUCUGUGCCUGUCCUGAUGGGAAGCUGUACCUGUCUAUGGCUGCUGAGGUGACCACGUGCGAGGAAUACAGCCACGUCUGUCUUUGACCACUGCCUCUUCGGCAGCACACCUGCGAUGUCUUGGUGAGACGACAGCUGUGGCCUCAGCCUUUACGCCCUGGCAGCUGGAUUGGAGCUGGAAGGCUCAUUGCUAAAAGCAUGCUGGCAGGAACGUGCCUAUGGAACUGUUGGGCCAACACUACCUGGCUUCAGAACGACACAAAGAAAUGCCAGGAACGUUUUUCAUUGUAUUCAUCUUUCCAGCCUCUCCCCGGAUCUCUCAUGCUGAAUUGCCACCCUGAAACAAUUUAUAGUACUCAGCAGCAGACGUCUGUCUCCUCCCAAACAUGGCUGGCUGAUUCUAAAAUGGUGCACAGCCUUUCCUUUAGAUUAAACCUCAAGUGCUCCCUUCAGCUGAGUCCAGUGUGUCAGAUCUCACCAAGAGAUCUCCAGGGUUUGCAGGGAAUUUGAGGUUGAAAUGAUUUUUCAAUAUGUAAUUAAGGAAAGUACACAAACUUAGUCAUGCUUUUUGUAUGCAUACUUACAAGCAAUAAAAAUGACACUUUUCCAGACCAAGGUGUAAAAGUGUCUCACUUCCUUUUGUGCUCACAACUCUUCUGGGUAGGUAUUAAUUUUCCUCCAAUUGGUGACAAAGACUCAGGCUAGCCAGUCAUGAGGCCCAAGGUCCCAGGUAACUACUGAGAUUAACUCGAAAUGUCACCCUAAAUUGGUCGGAUCAUUUUCCCUUGGGAUACACUCACUGCAGCCAAACACCAACUACAGCAGCUGAAUGCAUAGACACCUGAUGCUAAUUUGACAUCUUUAGCUGGUGCAUCAGGGCCUUCAUCUCCCAGCAUCUAAGAAAGCUCUGAGCCUUCCAGGCCUAAUGCUGCCUUCCACAUACAGGGAAGAAGGGAUGAAGCUGCUUGGAACCAGCCAUGCAACUUCUACAAACACGAGAGGCUGGGUUCAGCUGCAGAGAGGCAGCCAUGCAGUGUGUGGAUGCGUGCAAUGUGUGGAUACGUGCAGUGUGUGGACAGCAAGCCAGCAAGCAGCACUCCUCCAUGGCUUCUGCUUCAGUCCUUACCUCCAUGUUCCUGCCUUGAGUUCCUGCCCUGACUUCCCUUCACGACAGAUUGUGACGGGGACAUGUAAACUAAAAUAAAGUCUUUCCUCCCUGGGUUGCUUUUGGUUGUGGUGUUUCAUCACAGCAUUAGAAACUGUGAG